CAUUACUGCCGCUGGAGGGCACUGGCCUGUUUGCUGCCACUGCGUGGAGUGGCGUACAGGAAAAUGGCAGGCCAGGAAGAUCCAGUGCAGAGAGAGAUUCACCAGGACUGGGCGAAUCGGGAAUAUAUCGAAGUUAUAACGAGCAGUAUCAAGAAAAUUGCAGAUUUUUUGAAUUCGUUCGAUAUGUCCUGCAGGUCUCGUCUGGCGACUUUGAAUGAGAAACUGACGGCACUGGAGAGGAGAAUUGAGUAUAUUGAGGCACGGGUAACAAAAGGGGAGACAUUGACCUAGAACAGUGUUGGACAGAGGACAAUGCCUCUACAGCACUGGCUGCCAGACUUCCUGUUUUUCCAUUUUAUUUAAUUCUUUUAAUACUAAUGUACAUUUUAAAUCUGUAAUCUUUUGUAUGGGACCACUGCAGAGUCCAUCUCAACAACCAUGUGAUACAGUGUGUUAAUCAUUUUGAAGAAUUUAAGCUGUCAUUUCUUACUAUAAAGCACACAUUAUUUAGACCAGUUAGAUGUAUCUGAAAAACAAAUUGGAGGGCAGAAGCUUUGUGUCAGGCACAAUGUGUGCUAUGGUAUGGCAUCCAUUUUGUUACAUUUGUCCCUAUUCCCCAACAUUGUUGCAUGCAAGUGAAUGUCACAAAACUCUAGCUCCUGUCUGAAACAUGCCCAUUGAAGACAUUGCAAAAACAUGUGCAGUAAAAAAUCGCAAAUGAGAAAUUCCUGAGAAAAAGAAUUUUCAAGUGCCAAGGCUACCCUGUGGAUUGUCUGUUUCUCCAUAAUUUGUCACUUGUUUUUAUGUGUUCCUGUAUGUGUGAAAUAAAUGUAUUUUCCAUUUGUUCUAAAAGACAAUUAAAGAAAAACUGAAAAAAAUCUAA